CCCAUUGGAGACGCUUCAUGCUGAGCAGCAAAAUGGCCGCCCGUCAACCGACUGACUCCACAGCGCUUUGAAAUUUAAAUUCUUCUGCACAUUAGGGUUUACACUAUUAUAACGUUAGUACUUAUUUACAAACCAGUAGCUUAUUACGCGUGUGUUUUCAUCAUCUGCCACUUACUUGACUAUCCGCUCAGGCGUCGCUGUUCUUGUAGCCUCGACGAAUGCCUCAAAAAGCUAAAAAAAAAAUCGCACUGAAGCACUUUAGCUAAGCUAGCUAGCACGCUAGCUUAUCUUCAUAUGUGAUUCCUGAGAAAAGAGGAGUAUCAGGACAGGAGCAGUAGUUCAUGGAAGACAAGAAAAGGAAAAAAGACGACAAAAGGAAAAGGGAAGCCUCUCAGAAGGUUACAGAGCAAAAAAGCAAAGUGCCAGACUUGACCAAGCCGGCUUCUGCCCAGUCUCCUGCCACUCAGAGCAGCUCUGCCUCCCCCAGCCCUGGACCCACCCCCUCUGCCUCCCCAUCCCCAGCCACCUCAGGCCCUGGCAGUGCUGCCACCCCGUCACAGGGCGGCAACAAUGCCAAGCGCCUGGCAGUGGCCAACGGACAGCCCACCUCCACCACCAGUUCUUCCUCCACCGCUGGCGGCCCCAGUGCUGCUGGAACCGGCAGUACAAGUAGCGGAGGCGGAACUCAGGCGCCUCAGCAGCCACCGCGCUACAUGCCGAGAGAAGUGCCGCCACGAUUCCGCUGCCAGCAGGACCAUAAAGUGCUACUGAAGAGGGGUCAGCCGCCACUGUCCUCCAUGCUGCUGGGAGGGGGGGGAGGAGGGGAUGGCCCCAAUGCAAACAUGGCUGCUGUCUCAGAUUCUGGCCCAACUCCCUCCUCAUUGGCCCUCACCUCAUCAUCAGUUGCUGCUUCUACUACUACUUCUAAUUAUGCAAAUUCCAUGUGGGGGGCAAGCUCAGGCAGCCAGGCCUCCUCUCAGGGCAGGGAGAAGGUGAUUGUUGAUGGCAACGACCUAGAGGAAUGGCCAAGUAUUGCUGGCAGUGAUGGAGGGGGCAGCGGCAACAACGGAAUGCCUGUGAAUAGCAUCAGUGCCUCUGGCAACCGAUCCUCACCCACUUCCUCGUUCUCUUUGCCCAAUGAAUGUAUGCAGUCGUCCAACAGUGUGGCGUGGGGGACGGCUGCCUCCCAGGGUCAUCUUGGAGGAGGUAAUGCAGUAGCUGCAGCUGGGCCUCUGCUACAACAGUCCUCCUUACUUUCCAAAGCCCCCGCUGUGCCAGGGAGCCAUGAUGCCAGUGGCCCCGUUGACGGCAGCAGUGGGAUUACAGGUGCCAAUUUCAGUCCAAAUGCCAACCCUUCGGCCUGGCCUGCCCUGGUGCAGCAGGAUGGCCCCGCUGCUGCAGGGGAAGGAGGUCUGUCUUCUUUCCAUCACCAGGGCCCUGGAGGGUCUGCCAACAACUCUACUUCCCUGGGGCUGGGAGGUGGGGCAGUCGGGGUGCUGGGGGGUCACCCAUCUUUAUCUGUGAAUCAAUCAAGCGCCCAUCAGCACCAACUUCACCAAAUGCAAUCCAGAGACCGAGACAUGGGAGGGGGAAAGUGGGACAGUGAAUCAGCGGGACCAAAAAUUGCAGGGGGGGAAGGGAUUGGGGGAGGAAUGGACCAUGGUGUAGGAGGAGGCGGGAUGAGUGUGGGAGACCACAGCCUUGCCUCCUCAUGGAGAGGCCAGCCUUCUUACCCUGCAGCUAACUCAAAAACGGGUGCCUCAAGGACUGAUGGAUGGGAGGGUGGAGGAGGUGGCACAGGGGGAUUUGGAGCUGCAGAAGGAGAUAAUGGGACCUCGGGUUGGGGAUAUCCAGGUUCCACAAGUGGGGCUAAUGCUUGGGGCAGUGCUGGAAAUGGGGGAAACAGUAGUCAAACCUCCGGGGUAUCUCAGGGAGGGUGGGGGUUAUCAGGAGCAGGAGGGGAAAGAGGGGUUUCUGGUAGUGAUUGGGGUGGAAGCCCUCCUGGUAUUGGUGGACCUAAUCCUGGAGGUGAGGCAAUGGGUGGAGCCUGCAGUAGUAACAGCAGCAGUAGUGGAGGCAGCACAGCGGGCAACCCUCCGGCUGCUUCCUCCUCUUCCUCAACAGCCACCACUACGACUAGAGCCUGGGACAAUCAGAAAGAAGAGGGUGAAUCAGGGGAAUGGGGUGGGGGAAUAGGAGGACAGGGAGCACGGGGAGGAUCUUCAUCCAGUGGUGGAAAUUCGAGAAAUGGGAGCGUGCCUAACAGCAGUCGUCCUCGCCGACCGGCACCUAAUGCUGAAGCUGCCUUACAGAAUCUGCUCAGUAGGUCUGAUUUGGACCCUCGGGUCCUGUCCAACACAGGCUGGGGCCAAACACAAAUCCGACAAAACACAUCCUGGGAUGUUGAGGAAUGUGCAGGACAGAGUAAAGGUGGGUCCUCAUCAGCUACAUCAAAACACCCAUCUUCUCAUGGCGGUCCCACUCAGUAUUCUAGUGGACCUAGGACCCUAAGCACUGAUUCUAUGGGUCCAGGGGUCAGUCCUUCCUUGGUUCCGUCUACUGGGUCAUCUGGAGAGGGCUGGGAGAGCAGCAGUAACAGUAGCAGUAGUGGGGCCUCUUUGUCUGGGAGAGCCCCACCACCUACAGGGCCCAACAUGAGGAAUCUUGGCGUCUCACAAUCUGGGCAAGUGACCACAACCGGACCUGGUAUGGGGUCAGGGAUAAUAUCAGGACCUAGCCAACAGGGCAAGGCUACAGGUUGGGGCGGAGGAGGGAUUGGGGAUGGGGGUGGCCAGGAGGCCAAGGGCUGGGGGAAUGAGGAGUGGAGAGGCAGUAAUAGGGGAGAAAAAGGAGGAGGAUGGGGUGAUCUUGGGCAACAAGGUGACCCUGUGAGUGGAGGCUGGGGAAGAAGUCAGGAGGAGAAAGGGACAGGGGGGUGGAAAGAAAUGGGUGGGAAUGGAGGAGGAAGCGGUUGGGGAUCAGAACAUAAGGUUGGGGCAGGUAAAGAUUGGGGAGAGCAAGAGUCCAAAUCAAAUAGUAGUGGAGGGGGAUGGGGAGAUGAGAGGAAGAAUGGAGGAGGACACUCAGGUGGGGAUUCGGGUGUGGGUGGUUGGGGAAGCUGGGACGACAGUGCUCCCCGGAGAACCUGGGGAGCAGGGGGCACAGGGGGAGGAGGGAGCGGAGGAGGGGGGAUUGGUGUUGUUGGGGGCAUGGGGUCCAAACCCCAUCAAAGUUGGGGUGGAGGAAACAAAAUGCACCAGAUGCCAAACAGCCAGUCGGGCCCCAUCACAGGCCCACAGGCACAACUGCAACAGCAACAAUCACAGCCCCGCAAUCAGCAUCCACAGCUGCAGCAAGCAUUGGACCAAGGGGCUAUGCAAGGGGCUGGAGCGAGGAAACUCAUCUCUCAAGCCCAGAAUCAGAACCAAAGCUCAGGCUGGACCACGGGGCCCAUCCCUGGUGUCUCUGGAGGAGGUGGAAGUGGAUCUGAGCCAAGCGGCUGGGAGGAACCCUCGCCGCAGUCUAUAAGCAGGAAGAAUGAGAUAGACGAUGGAACAUCAGCAUGGGGAGACCCAACCCAUUACAACUACAAGCCGGUCAACCUGUGGGAUAAGAACAGUGGUCCUGCUGGCCAACAGCCACAUGGCCAGAGUCAGGCCCAGCAACAACAACAACAACAACAACAACAGCAGCAGCAGCAGCAACAGCAACAACAACAACAACAGCAACAGCAGCAGCAGCAGCAGCAACCGCAGCAGCAGCAGCAGGGACCUCCAAUACAGCAGCAACCUAGCAGGCAGGCUGCAGGGCCGGGAGGUAACAGAGACUUCAACACUGGCCAUGGACCCGGCAAAGCUUCAGCUAUGGGUCCAUCAGGCUGGGGGGGCACUUCUCCAACUAGUCCUACAGUAGAUAAUGGCACAGCAGCUUGGGGAAAGCCUAAUGAUGCUCCUACUGGCUGGGGAGAACCUGAUGAUGCUGGAGGAAAGACAACAUGCUGGGGAAAUCCUUCUUCAAACUCUAUCAAAUCUGCUUCAAAGUCUAUGCAAGACGGCUGGGGGGACAAAGAGAACUCUGUGGCGGCCUCGCGUCACUCAAGCUGGGAGGAUGAGGAGGAAGGAGGCGGCAUGUGGAACAGCACUGGCUCCCAGGGAAGCAGCUCUUCUUGGGGACAGGGAAGCAAUGGGGGCUGGGGACAGAGCCACACUGGGAAGAAGCCCAGCAACAAGGGUCCGCUGAAGACUGGUGGAGGAGACUCCUGGAUGAGCCCCAUCAACAGACAGUUCUCUAACAUGGGGCUGCUGAACGAUGAUCCCAGUGGCCCAAACAUUGACCUGGCUCCUGGUUCAGUCCAGGAGAAGAAAAUGGAGGCAGAGAAAAGAAGCAUAGGAAUGAAUGAUUACAAUGGAGAUAUGAGGAAGGGAGGAAGAGGAGGAGGAGGAGGGAUGGUCUAUCGUCCUCCUGGCUCCAAAGAAGCAACACCUGGGGAUGCUGGGUCUUACUAUGACAAGACCUUGCCUUUGAUCAAUCAGGAUGGGUGCCUUGGGGAGGAGGGUCCUAGCUCUCUGUACUCACCACCCACUGUCUACAAGCCCCAUUCCCUCUUCAACCACUCUAUCCCCUUUAGACAAGGUGGUCACAGUAUCUUUGGCAGUAGUGGAGGAAUGGCCCAAUCAAGACAUCAGCCAAGUAUCCCACCCAUAAACCAGUCCCAAGGGAUACGAGCGCAAGUGCCUCAUCAGUUCCUGUCACCUCAGGUGCCAGGCUCUGUGCUGAAGCAGAUGCCCCCUCCCAGUGGGAGCGUGGGGGGUGUUGGUGGCGUGGGAGGAGUGGCAGGAGUCGGGGGAGGUGUGUUCCCUCCGCAGCUGUCCCCCCAGCAUAUUGCCAUGCUCAGCAGCAUCUACCCACCUCACAUCCAGUUUCAGCUGGCUUGCCAGCUCCUCCUCCAGCAGCAGCAGCCACAGCAACAGCAACAGCAGCUUCUGCAAAACCAGAGGAAGUUCACACCAAACGUGCGGCAGCAGGCUGACCCUCAACAGCUGGCCAGGAUAAUGGCGGUGCUCCAACAGCAGAGACAGCAACAGCAGGCUGGGGGUUUAGGUGGCAGCUCCAAACUCUCCCCCUCCCACCAUGGUGGAGGUGGCGGAGGGGGACCCAAACUGCCUGGGGCUGAUCCGCUGCCCCACCCAGGCCUGGCAGGAUCUGUGGCUGACCUGCACCAGAAAAAUCUUGGACCAUACUCCGGGUUUGGUUCAGGGGUGAACCUUCCCGGUCUGGACCUGGGUGGCUCUGUGGUGGGCGGGCCUGGAGCCAUGAAGGACCUAGGGAGUCAGCAGUCCCGUUUUAAAUGGAUGAUGGAAGGGCACUGCUCUCCAGAUACUUCCUCACCAGAGAAUGCGUUCCACAAAAAUGGUCCUGUCACCCCCAUAAAGAUGCCAGGAGGCUCACCCUACUCCCAGUACGACAUGAUGGUUGGAGACGGGCUGGGCGACAACUGGCAUCGCACCCCAGGCAACAAGAUGGGCGCCAAGCCUACCAACACACCAAGCUGGCCCCCUGAGUUCCAGCCUGGUGUGCCGUGGAAGGGAAUCGACCGUGUCGAUCCUGAAUCUGACCCUUACAUGACCCCAGGGAGCAUGAUGGGGAACACAGUGUCCCCUGGUCUCAACGAUACAGAGCACCAGUUGUUACAAGACAAUACUGAUUCCACCCCUCCCCUCAACACCUUGCUGCCUUCACCUGGUGCCUGGCCCUACAGUGCCUCAGACAGUCCCCUCAACAACGCACACAACUCAGCAAAGUACACUUACUACAAGGCCAGCUGGCCCCCAGAGCCCAUAGGACACAAGUCUUGGAAAGCCAGCCGUGGCAGCAGCCAGACCCAGUUAUCCCGCCUACCUCCAGGUCUCGCCAGUCAAAAGCAGCCAUCGCCUUCCCCUUGGUCUGGAGGAGCCCCUCGAUUGGCUGGCAGGGGCUGGGGCAGUGGCUCGAGCACCACUGGCUCGACCUGGAGUGAUGGCAGCUCUCGGGAAAGCUGCUGGUUGGUGCUCAGCAACCUCACACCACAGAUUGAUGGCUCCACUCUGAGAACCAUCUGCAUGCAGCACGGUCCCUUGCUGACCUUUCACCUUGGCCUGACCCAGGGCACUGCUCUGAUUCGCUAUGGCUCCAAACAGGAGGCAGCCAAGGCCCAGAGUGCACUCCACAUGUGUGUUCUUGGAAACACCACCAUCUUGGCAGAGUUUGUGAGUGAGGAGGAUGUGGCUCGCUACAUUGCACAUUCCCAGGCAGGAGGAGCAGGGAGCGCAGGAACUACAGCCAGCUCCGCAGGCUCCGGGCCUUCAGCCACCUCCACAGUUGGUUCUAACGGUAGUGGAGGGAGCUGUGACAGAGGUGGAGCAGGAGGCAACAGUGCGGGAGGUGGAGUAGAAGGAGCCUCCACAGGCGGAGGAGCAGGAAACGGAGGAGCCGGGUCCUCCAGCUCCGGGUGGCAAAGUCUGGACAGCACAGGCAGCUCAUCGGACCAGGCUGCCACCCAAGGCCCUGGACUGGGCGUCUUCACCCAGUGGGGCAGCAACGGAUCAGGCGUGGGCGGGGUCGGAGGCGUGGAGCCCGGAAGGCAGGGUCUGUGGGGGGGAAUGGGUGGUAUGAGCGGGGCGGGGUACCCCAGCAGUAGCCUCUGGGGUUCUCCGCCACUUGAGGAUCGUCACCAGAUGGGCAGCCCCGCCUCACUGCUGCCAGGGGACCUGCUGGGCGGGGGGGCCGACUCCAUCUGAGGAGCCGACUGACACACACAUUUUACACCUAUGUCGUAAUACAUAUGUCACACUCAGCUUUUAUUUACACGUAGAGAUUACGUGAAAUAAAGCUACACUGGUCAUCUAACACAGAGACACUCAACAGUCAACACAAGCUACAUGCACACAUUAUUGUCUCACAUUCACAUUAAACCGCUUAACUUUAAAUGAAGACAACAGUAAAACUUGAACCGGAGGAAAAAAGGUGAAAUCCAUUAAACUCUUUAGGACUUAACUGGAUAGCUCUUUGUCUUUUUACUCCAAAUCCCACCAUCUGCAUUCAGAGACCCAGUCACUCAGGCAUGCACUGUAGACAGGCUCAGCCAGAGUCGUACAUGUCAACAAGUUUAGCUAUUGCUGUUUUUAGUGUGCCACUUUUUUUUUUUUUUCUUUUGUAUUACUAUUUAAUGGUCGAAUAUCAAAAUUCAAACUUGCAGACUGAGCCCUCGUAGACCUUGCUGGUGUACUUCUGAGUUCUUUUUGGAAGCUGAGAGUGAGAAGGAUCUGGAGGGAAGGAGUUUGUAGAAAAUUUGGGACAGCGCCACACUACUGAGUCAAAUGGAUGAUCAGCAACGUUGCAGAAAAGGAGUCUUUUUAGUAGGUACCGACACGUCUACCUUGGUGGAAAUAUGCCAUCACUAUGGGACCCAGGGUGAAAAACAAACAAACAAACAAAAAAAAAUCUAAACAAAAACAACAUUAGCCAAACUUGCACUAUAUGCCUCUGGGUUUGUUGUUGACACAUCCUCCACAAAUCCCUCCAUUUUUGAAACAGAGCUACAACACAACAACUCCACAGACCUUACAGGACGAUUAAAUGUUACAACAGCAGUGGCCUUGGCUAACACCCAGCGGCCGUCCACCCCUCCACGUCAACAGCAUCACACCUUCUCAUCAGUUACACACUGCUCUUAUAUUUGACAAGCAAAAUUGUAUCUCCCUGUUGAUGUACGUUGGUUGUUUAUCAUAUUUUUUGUUUUCAACGAAAAGAGAAACGUGUGAAACUAUGUGGAAAUCCAGAGAUGUCCUUUUUUUUUUUUUUUUCCUUUUUUUUUUGCCCUUCAAACACUGACCUCGCUAUUGUAUUUUUUUCUUACUCGAGAAUUCAAGUUGGUUAUUAUAUAUUGUCAUGAUGUAAUGAUGACUAUGAUCACUUAUUUACUCGCUGUACAAGGUGCCCUCCUGCCUGCCUGUGUGUGCAUGAAAGGAGUGUUGACAGUUAUGACCGAAUGGAGGAGGACGUGAUGAAGAUGAUGACAAUGAUAUCGGGAGUGUCUGUGUUAUUGCUACUAUGUUGAAUGUUUUUUGUUUUCUUUUUUUCCUGUCCAUGAGAGAUUCAUGAGAAAUGUUUGUGUGUGUUUGCAUAUGUGUGUGUGUGUCUGUAUGCUUGCUUCUGGACACUUAUCUGCUUCAGUCAGGGAAGUGAAUAGAUGUUAAUCUGACAACUUGCAUUUGAAAGAAAGAAUGUGUGGAUGUAUACACAUGUUUGCGUGCUUGACUGUCUGGAUAUUGUGAUAGCUAAAAAGUUCAAAAACAUUGGCACUAUUGCAUAUGUCUCUUAAGUUGUGUGUUGUUUUUUUAGCAGCAUUUUGUUCCUGUUUGUAUUUUUUUUUUCUGUCAAAUGCAAUAAGAGAAUGAUAUUUUGUUUUUAAGACGAAGCAACCAACUGAAGGCAUUUCUGUUAAAAUGCCACAUCCUACCAUACCAAGCUGAGCUGGAACAGUGUUUUACAGACACGUUAAAGACAUUACCUGUUAUGUUUUACUGUGUUUCUUUUUGUUAUUAUGUAUCAAUUUAAAUUAAGUCAGUCUUUAUUAUCACUCCUGUUCAGGAUGUUUUCAUUUAUUUCAGAUGUUACAAAAAAAAGGAGAGGAAAUUAAUUUAAAGCAGAAAAGAACAAGAUAAUAAAGGUUGAAUUGAA